AUGGCAGGACCACCACCUCCACCUCCCCCUCCUCCACCGCCACCAGCCGGCCUAAGUGGAAGUUCUGCUCCCAAGCCAGCUGCAUCUGUCAUGCAGGGACGUGAUGCGUUACUAGGUGAUAUCAGGAAAGGUAUGAAGUUGAAGAAAGCAGAGACGAAUGAUAGAAGUGCCCCAUUGGUUGCAGGCGGUAGUACUAGCAAUAAUAAUAACAACAAUAAUGAUGGUAAUGAUUCCGUUAGGACUUCAACUGCACCAAGCAUGUCAGCACCACCAAUUCCAGGUAUGGGAGCACCACAGUUGGGUGAUAUUUUAGCUGGAGGGUUUCCUAAAUUGAAGCAUAGAGGUGAUUCAUCACUAGCUGGGAACAAUAGUUUUCCUGCUCCUGAAGGAGCCCCACCAAUACCUGGGAUGGCACCACCAGCACCAGUUGUCGUUCCGGCAUCAAUAGGGCAAACGCCCAAAAUGCCAUCUAACAGACCAAACAUGCCAUCUAACAGACCAAACAUGCCAUCAGCUAGACCAACUCACAGAACACAUAAGAAGAAAAAUUCAGUAUCGAGUACAAUAAAUGAAAGUCACAUACCUAACAACGCAACAAUAACAUCAUCUGCACCUGCAGCUCCUCCUGGUGCUCCGCCGAUACCGACGUCUGCACCACCUAUUCCAACUGUACCAUCUCAUACCUCCUCGCAUGCACCUAAAAAGAAACAAUCUAUCACUCUAGAGAAUGCACCAUCACCUCCACCUCCAGCUCCUCCUCCAAUACCAGAAUCAGCUCAAGGGGCACCACCUCUAGCACCUCCUCCGAUGCCACCAUCUCUGCCUAGUCAGGUACCUGUUGGUCCUCCAGCUUCUCCAGCUCCUCCAGCUCCUCCAGCUCCUCCAGCUCCUCCAGCUCCUCCAGCUCCUCCAGCUCCACCUGCUCCACCUGCUGCUCCCGUAAUGCCUACGAAACAUCCAGCUAAUACUAGGAAUGUAAAACCUACGACAGACACUUCGUCUAAUCCUCCUACUCCACUCUCAAGUGACUUGCCUUUCCUAGCAGAGAUUAAUGCAAGAAGAACAAACCAUGGUGUAGUCGAUGACGAUAUCGUAAAACAAGCACAAUCAAAAUCAAAAUCUCCUUCAACAAUUCCACAACCUCCACAGGCACCUCCGACAGCACCAAUCCCACCAACUGCAGCACCUCCGUUACCAAUCGUGUCAUUGCCACCAUCAAAUGUUUCUCAUCCUCCUUCAGCACCACCACUACCUUUGAUGAACGCCCCCCUUCCCCCACCCUCACUGCCAACUUCCAAUGCGCCUCCAGCUCCUCCUGGAACGCUAGUGUCAAAUAUACCACCUGCACCUCCAGCACCACCUGUAAUAGCAAGUAAAUUAUCAGAUACUUCUUCAUCUCCACAAGUAUCUGCACCUUCUAGUGGCCCUCUUCCAUUUCUUACAGAAAUUCAAAAGAAACGAGAUGAUCGAUUUGUUGUCGAGGAGGGUUCUAGCUAUAAAACAAAGGAAGAGCAAGACAAUACUACAACUUUAGGGAAACCUAAUUCUACAGGAGCACCCAGUAUACCGAUGGCUCCACCUAUACCCACACCAGGGAAAGAUCCAUCUGUUCUACAAGCUCCUCAAGCUCCUCAAGCUCCUCAAGCUCCUCCUCCACCACCAUUAUCUGCAGGUAUGUCAUUUUUAGGUGAAAUUGAGUCAAAAUUGCAUAUACACCAUACUCCACAACACGCUGAACAACAAGCUGAACAUCAAAUUCCAAGCACGCUAGCUGCACCUCCUCCACCACCUAUGGGUGAUGCACCACCAUUACCUUCUAUGGCGCCUCCAUUGCCACUAGUUUCAUCAGCACCUUCGGUCCCAUCGGUACCUCCUGCUGCUACAAUGCCACCGACUAUAGCAGCACCUGUACAUAUACCUGCACACGCACCUGCUCCACCUCCGCCUCCACCAUCUACUACAACCAUACCUUCUGCUCCUCCAAUAAAAUCAACAGCCACAACACCGAAUAUAAAACAACGUUUAUUUGCAUCAGAAACUUCUACUGUUGAACAUACAACAAACGAGCACACGAAUAAUCCCGAUAUCGAUGUGGGUCAAUAUACAAUCAAUGGCGCAAGUAACACAACAGGAGUGAAAUUAAAUUCAGAAAAGAUAGUAAUUGAUGAUUCACGAUUCAAAUGGACUAAUUUAACACAAAUUCCUAAACCGAGAGCGUUCCAAGGUAAGAUAAAACUAUAUCCAAGUGGGAGAGGUAGUAGUGUUCCACUUGAUUUAUCACAAUUUAAUUGA